AUGUGUCCGUACGUCCGUCGGUCCGCUAUCUCCCUCUUCUCUGUGUUCCCUGCCGCGUCCCUUCGCACCGUGUACAUGCAUGGCCGCGUCCGCACCGCGUCCCGCACCACUUUCGAGGCGUCCUCCGUGUCGUUGUCUCCGAGGGUGUGGUUCGGCUUAGGAGACUUCCUAGCGAUGUCUCAGCCUCCUCCGCCUCCGCCCUCCUCCGAGGAGUCCCUGGUCGCCCUCCGCGUGAUGCGGCUGUGCCGGCCGUCCUUUGUGCAGCAGCCGCCGCUGCCGGGCGCUGCAGUCUCCGCGGCGGCCUCGUCGAGCGGCGCGGGUGGCGUCGGCGACGGCGCCCUGCUGACCGGCUGGAUGGCGCUGCCGCAGUCGUUUGGCGACAUCUACCUGGGCGAGACCUUCUCGUGCUACAUCUCGCUCGCAAACGUCGCCGGCUUUGAGCUCGGCGCGGUCGCGCUCAAGGUGGAGGUGCAGACGCAGCUGCGCGACGUCGGGAUCCACAUCCUGAUCUGCUCCGCCUCGUACAGCGACCGCGAGGGCACGCGCCGCUCCUUCCGCAAGUUUUUCAAGUUUGCGGUGCAGAACCCGCUCUCGAUGAAGUCGAAGACGCACUCGCUCAGCCACUCGGACGAGAUCCUGGUCGAGACGCAGCUGCAGAACGCGACGCCGCACCUCCUCUUCCUCGAGUCGUACCUCCGGCCGGGCGACACGCAGCAGUAUAUGUACCGCCUGACGCCGCGCACGCGACCGAGCGCAGGCGGCAAGCCGGCGAGCGGGCUGGGCCGGAUGGAGGUGAUCUGGAAGGGGGCGAUGGGCGAGGCGGGGCACCUGCAGUCCAACCUGGUGCACCGCAAGUCGGCGCCGAGCAGGCCGCUCGACGUCGCCGUCGUGUCCGCCCCCGAGGCGGUCGAGCUGGAGGCGCCCUUCGAGCUGCGCUGCGUCGUCACAAACGCCAGCUCCAAGCCGCGCGAGCUGACGGCGCGGCUCGAGGCGGCGCUCGACCGGCCGAUCGUCGCGACCGGCGCGCUGCCGCGCUCGCUCGGCCUCCUCAAGCCGCAGACCUCCCUCCCCUUCACGCUCUCGCUGCUGCCGCUCGAGCCGGGCGUGCACGCGGUGUCGGGCCUGCAGCUGGUCGACGUGCAGACCGGUGAGGCGUUUGACGUCGGACCGCUCGCGCCGCUGCUCGUGCUGGGGCCGGGCGAGGCGCCGUGA